AAUAACAUUCAACAACAAAAUCAUAAAACAAAUCCCAUUAAAACACAACAAAGAAAACUCUCAAAAACAACCAUGUUAAUUCCAUUGUAUAGAGUAGCUGGUCCCUCAGAAUACCUAGCCAUUACAGGAUGGUCCAUCAAAGACAUCAAACUAGCCAAAAAAGCUCUAAUCCUCCCUGGUCAGCUCUACGUACGGGUCAAUGUCUCACCGGUUAACUACACCUUCGAGGUUCAAGCCAUGAGUGCCGAAAAGCUGCCCUUCUUGCUGCCCGCCGUCUUCACUAUCGGGCCCCGUGUCGAGUCCGAAGAAAGCCUCAUUCUUUAUGCUAAACUCAUGGCACCACAUGACAUGACGUCGAACCAUGUACAUGAACUUGUACAGGGGAUUAUUGAAGGUGAAACUCGAGUUCUCGCGGCUUCGAUGACAAUGGAGGAAGUGUUUAAGGGGACUAAAGAGUUUAAGAAGGAAGUGUUUGAUAAGGUUCAGUUGGAGUUGAAUCAGUUUGGGUUGAUUAUCUAUAAUGCUAAUAUUAAACAACUUGUUGAUGUUCGUGGACAUGAAUAUUUUUCUUAUUUGGGUCAGAAAACUCAGAUGGAAGCUGCUAAUCAGGCUAAGGUGGAUGUUGCAGAAGCAAAGAUGAAGGGAGAAAUAGGAUCAAAGUUAAGGCAAGGGCAAACAGCACAAAAUGCAGCAAAAAUUGAUGCAGAAACCAAGAUUGUAUCUACACAAAGGGAUGGAGAAGGUCAAAAGGAGGAAGUUAAGGUUAGGAGUGAGGUUAAGAUAUUUGAGAACCAGAAAGAGGCUGAUGUUGCUAAAGCAAGUGCUGAAUUGGCUGCCCUAAAGGCGGAGUGGACCAAGGCGGCUCAGCUGGCGGAGGUUGAGGCUAAGCAGGCGGUUUCGAUUCGAGAGGCUGAGCUUCAGGUCGAGGUGGAGAAGAAGAAUGCUCUUACAAGGACUGAAAAACUUAGGGCUGAACUUCUUAGUAAGGCCACUGUUGAGUAUGAUAUUAAGGUACAAGAAGCAAACCGAAACCUAUACAACAACCAAAGAGAAGCAGAUGCAAACCUAUACGAGAAGCAAAAGCAAGCAGAGGCAGAGAAAGCAUCAGCAGAUGCAGCUUUCUACACUCGACAGCAAGCAGCUGAUGCAGGCCUCUACGGAAAAAAGAAAGAUGCAGAAGGAAUUGUGGCACUUGCUCAAGCUCAAGGAUUUUACAUUAGUACCCUUCUUAAAGCCCUUGAUGGAAACUAUGCUGCUUUAAGAGACUACAUGAUGAUAAACUCUGGAACAUUUCAAGAAAUGGCAAAGAUUAAUGCAAAUGCUGUUCAGGGUUUGCAACCAAAGAUCAGUAUUUGGUCAUCAGGGUCGUCGUCUGGUGGUGGUGCAACCGGAAGUGGGUCUGUUUCGGGUGGGUCUAUGAGAGAUGUAGCCGAGGUCUAUAGUAUGUUGCCACCACUAUUGAAGACGGUUCAUGAACAAACUGGGAUGUUGCCACCUGCUUGGCUAGCCACUUUGACUGAUACUGAUCAAGGAAAGGGUUCUGUUGCUGCAGUUACCAAGUGAAAUUCUGACCUUUGAAUUAAUUCUAGAAUUUUUCAGUUAUGUUUUGAGCAUCAUAUGUUUUUGUUACUCUAGUUUCUUGUUAAUAUGAUGUCUUAGGAAUAAUUUACCUGUUUACAGUGUGGACCUGGGAUCUUUUAUAGUUGUGUUUUAUU